GGAUUCUGGGAAGAUGUUUUAAAAUGGCAGCGGUAAUUUAAAAGUAUAAUAAUAAUAAUUUCUGCAAAUAUGGAUACCUUACAAUCAGUGAAUAAACUACUGUUGUUGAUAGACGUUAGAGGAGGUAGACAGGCAACUUCUGGCAAGUUUCCUCAUGAGAGAGCAGCAAAUCUAAUAAGUUUGAGCACUUUGAAAUUGUUGACCUAUUUUUCACACAAAAAUCAACAAAACAAUUUUGAUACUCUGAAAUGGGCUUAUAAAUUCUUCAACAGCAGCACAGAGGAAUUUCUCCAAAAGCAAAAUUUCUCACAGUUUACGACUAAGUUAUAUGAGGACUUUGAAAUAUCAGUUGAGUCUCGGAUACAGAACGAACAUGAACACUUACUCAUUGAGCAGGAACGAGCAAAAAUGGCAAUGCCGACAUCAGCUGAAGAAGUUAUGUCAAGUUUAGUAGUCAGGCAACUGGAGGACCAACUAAAACAAAUUCCAACUGAGUUUGAAUGGAAUCGACCAAGUAUAACAUCACCGGUAAAGUCAUUACUUUGCAAGGGAAAAGUAAAAGCGACGGACCAUGACAAUAAUAUUGUUGUAAUAUUUACAACAUGUCCACAUUCUUUGCAUCAGUUGCAACUUUUUCUAGGAUAUGAGGAAAAGGAGGAUUUUGAUGCAACAUCUUCAGAUCUUAUUAUUGAUUCAAUUAUUUUGCCAAAAAUCGCACGAGAACUGAAUGGUGUUAGAGUGAAGCUAUUGUAUGUUGACAUGUCGGCUGAUUCUCAGAUCAACAAGAGUGUCAUAUCGGAGCUUGAAGGCAUGGACUUAGUUAACAAAGCAAUGAUGAAGACAGGUGGAUGUGUAGUCCCUAUAACAAGUCUUUUGCAGCUCGGUACCACAGCUAUCACACAUAUACACCCCCUGUUUAGACAAAUACAACAAAAUCAUCAAUCCCCUAAAACAACUAAUGCUGAAAGCCAGACCAUUGUCUCAAAAAGAGUCUUCAAUGCCAAGGAUUCCAGCAAUAGCUUAGAACAAGGAGAUCCUAACCUAAGUGAUUCAAAUCUUGGAUAUGUUAGCACAGACUUAGAUGAUGACAUAAUAUCAGGUCAACAUGAUGAGUUGUGUCUACCAUAUGGAUCUAUUCUAAAAUAUUACACAGAUAUCAAACAAGUUGAAACUGCUGGGAGUUAUGAUUGUCAGCUUGUGAUUCAACAAGGCAAAUGUUUCAAGUUCCUGUGCAGUGUGAAACUACAGUCAAUCUUGGAUGAGCAGCACCUUUCCUCACAAGAUAUUACUAUCAAGGAAUCAAAAAUAACACCACUUCCAAGAAAAUCUCCAAGGAAACAAUCAAAGACUCCAAACUCAACCAGAGCAUCAUACAACCAACCAAACACAGUGCAGCCAAAGCACCAAAAAGAAAAUAGUACCUCAGAAAAUGCUCAAGCAAGGUUGAUAUUACGGGGCUCUAUAAGACCAAGCCAGGUACCCCUGGACUAUAUGGUUGGGUCAACAGUUUAUAGCUGUGUUGAGAAGUUAAAGGAUGAGCGUUCACCAGAUAGGUUCUCGUUCCAGGAGUUCCUCAAGCAAUUAGCUUACUGCCAAGUUGACAUGGUAGUAGAUUUGAUAACCUCACCUGUUCAUAUCCCCAAGACGUGCAUCUUGCGACCUUUGACCCCUGUGUCUGCAACCCUAACUGUGAUGAUGUUUGAGCAGACACUACCCCUAGAGAAGUCACUUUUAAAAGUAGGACAGCGUACUAAAAACAAAGGCAUGACAGAAUUUGUUGAAGAAUCUCUGAGACAUAUUGAGAAAGGGAAAAAGAAACCUAGUGUGGCUAGAUCCAAAGAUGAUGGGGAACCCAGUAGAAUGAGUUUUAGGGAGAGUAUGGUGGAUACCUGGUACCAACCUUCACUACAAUCCCUUGUCAGCAAAACACUCAUGGACAAAUUAAACAGCCCACAGUGCAGUAAAGAAGAGAUCGCCCUAUUGAAGAGAUUACAGAGUUAUUACCGUAAAAAAGACAAGCCAAUGGACAUUCAUAACAUGCGCAAAAAGUCCAGUGGGGAAAUCAAAACUAGAGUGGAACGCACAGGGUCCAAGGAAAGACUACCAAGGGCCCCUAGUAUGGUGGGAGAAAGAGCCAAGGCAAUCAUGGCAAAGGGACUGGAGAUUGAGAGGAGGAAAGAGCUUGAAAUGGAGAAAAAGAAGGAGGAAGAUGAGAUUAGAGCUGUUGAUAAUGAGAAGAAAAAAGAAAAGAAGAUCACUCUGAGUAAAGUUUGCAGUGUUGAGUUCAAGAGUGAGGCAGAACUAAUUGAUUAUCUUCGACAUAACUAUGAGACUGUACUAGCUGAGAAGGGCAACCCUUUGAUGUUUGCACAGAGUACAGUCAGUGUUACAUCACACUACUUCAAGUCACAAACUGUUGAUGAACCAGCAGAGAAAAGCAGAGAACUACUAGCUGCAAACUUGUGUCUCGACAGCAAGGCAAUACGUACCAAGUACAAUAAAGCUUUUGAUGAUGUUUCUCUAGCAAAUAAAAAGACUGAGUACCAGUUGCAGACAUUGCUAUUGAUUGAGAUGGAGGCUGCCAGUACUACAGAAGAUGAAGAACCAUCAGAAGAUGUCAUUGAUGAGAUUGUGACUAUGCUGAGAGCAGUCUCAUUUAUGGAGGACCCCAACUUUAUAGGAAACUAUGUACAAGAUGUGCUCCUUGACAACUAUGGGGCUACAUCUCCGAGGCUAAUGCUACGCAUCUAUGAAGAACUGGGUCUGACAGCUCCUUCAACUCUCCCUCAAUUGUUCUCUCCUAAUAGUUCAUUCACGAGUAGUCAAGAAAAGUCUGGUAUAGGCUCAGUGCUCCAAUCUGUGGGUACAUCACAACCAGGCAGUCAGUCAUAUCUACUUGAUGAAUGUUCAAUGGAUGUCGUUGAUCCACGGAUCAAAAGGCAGCGUAAGGUGGUACAUCAUCCUGCCUUGGCUGGAAUAAAACAUGCCAAACAAAUUCAGUUCAAGAAGCCUACACAGAACAAUAAGAGACGGAGUAGUAAAGGGUCAGCUAAGAAAUCUUCCGCUAAGAAAAAGAAGAUGGCUGCUGCAGCUAAUGAGACUGAGUCAGACAUGAAGCAUGUACGUCGAAGUUUAUUCGAUAUGGGAGCUGCACCACCAGGUGGCACUAAGCUAGAACGAAGACAUUCAUUUGCAAUCACAGAUAAAAAAUCUAAAUCCACUCCUAGUAGACCAAAGUCACGCCGAACCCCAAGUAAAAAGAAAGUAUCACCUGGCUCAGCAAAACCUAAAGCCCAUCAUGUUGUUAAAGCCAAACAUAUAGCUGAGACCCCAGCUCAUAAACAAGGGUUCUCAUUGCUGCAGAGACAACAGGCAAAGUUGAGGAGUCAUGAGAGAUCAAAGACUAUGUCGCCUAUGGUGGUUGGGGAAUCCCCUAUCAGGAACAUUGUAAAACCAGUAUUGAAUCUGUUGCGAAGGUCACCUAGACGAGCAUCAUCAGCUACUGUACUUGGUCUACCCAGAUGUCGAUCUUUUUAUUCCUCGGAACCACGCAAUGCUGAUAAAUUUAGAAAACUUGAGAAUCGCAUUUCUGGACUCACACCAACUGGGGAAAGCCUAGAUACUUCUAAUAGUGCUAAUAAGUUGGACAGAACUCCCAAUAAACAACCUGUCAUGAAUUUAUUCGCUCAGUUUAUGGCCUCUCCAUCACCAGGUAAAGGUGGCGCCAUUGUUCAAUCCCCAGAAUGCACUCCUGUGAAGAAACGACUAGCUCCACAUCCAGUCAGCCCCUGCAGUAACACACAGGGCUUCCGUCCUAGUGUCUUCACAUCUCCCAAAGGCCCAAAUCUAUUCUCAGAACUCUCAAAUAGUAGACUGUCUUCCAAAUCACGAUCUUCACAAGUUAUUCCACCACUUGCGUGUACCCCAAAGAAGCGUGAAUUGUUACGAUCCCCAACAAGAAUCAGAUUUAAUAUGACACCACAGAAACCUCAUACUCCUUCCCAAAAAGGUACAACACCAAGUAGAAGUAUUCUUAAAACGCCAGGAAGUGCAUCUCAUGGUUCAGUCCCUAUGACAUCACCACUUUCCAUGGACAUAAAAGUGAAGAACACCCCUUCCCCUAAAUUUAUCAGAAGCCCUCAUGUAAAAAGCAUAGCUAAAUCAAGUGCAUCAGUUCGUUUGUUCACAACUGACUUACCACAAACCUCUCCUGCUAGGAAAUCAGAUAACACUUCUGUUAAAAACCUCAGGAAGUCACCUAUUAUUAUACCUGGUGAAGCAAUAGUGACACAGAAACGCAGGGUGAAUAAGGAUGUCCUAUUUAAUGAAUUUGAUGAUGAUUGGGGUCAAAGUCCAAAUAAACUCAAUACCAGUCUGAAACUUGAUAAUAUAGUGGGUAUGUUAGGACCCAGUCCACCCCAGGUAUUACGUGCACAGUUACAGCCUAGAGCAGAAUUGAAGAUAACCCCGCAGAAACAACAAGCAUUAUUCAAAGCCAGUUCAGAUUCAGUUACUCCCAAGGGUUCAAAGCCAAAAGUUAAAACACCAGAUUCAUUUGAUAAAUGGCCCAGGAAAAAACGACGUUAUGACAGUGUUUCCCCAUCCUCUAUGAAAGGAUCUAGCCCAACACCAAGCCUUACAGAUUUAAAAUAUUUGAACUCUUCAAAUAAGGAAGUCAAUCUGAAUUUAUUAGACAAGAAAGCUAAAUCACCAGUCUUAAGACGUAAGGUAAAAAUAAAGCGGAGGGGCCAGAAGCGGGCAUCCCAGUCCCAGGAAUCACUAACUUCCUGUGAACAAGACAUAUCACCCACUGUUACUAGCCCUUUUAAGGCCACCCCAGACCCCCUCAAGGCCACCUCUGACCCUCUUAAAGUCUCACCUGACAUUACCUCACCUGUAAUUAAUGUCACAAAGCCAUUUGGACUCACCGCUGAGGCUCUUGAAGAAAUGGAGGAUGUCUCCUCCACUGUAGAGCCCAGUAGAAAAAUACAUAUCUCUGACAAUGACUCUUAUCAAGGUCGGGUAACCCCAGUCUCAUUAGAUGAACACUCAAAGAGCUCUGAUGUACAUGGAAAGCUGCCAACCCCCAUCAAGGUGUUUGGCAAAAAUUCAGAAUUCUUCAAGUAUAUUGAAAGGAAUCAAUCAGACUCUAGUGUUGAAAAUGAACCUUUUACAAAAAGCACAAUUGACAAUAGAGCAAAACCAGAUUCCUUAUCUACAGCCUCACCAAGGUUUACCCGGAGAAUGAAAAAAGAAAUAAUGAUGAGCCCUGAGAAAUUAAGAGCCAUUUCGACAUUAUCUCCCCCUUAUAAGACAGAAGGUAAAGUAAAGGACACUUCCCUGGUUCAAACAGAUGAAAGAAAACAACUCAAAAGAGGGAGCCACCAUCUCUCACCUGCCAAGCAUAUUGGAACCCCCUCAAAAAGGACCAGAAAGAGCAAUAAUCUUAAUUCUCCUGAGUAUUUUGCUUCAAAUGAAGUUUUCAUUGAGAAAUCAGACUCAGAUGUUGAGUUUCCAAGAAGAAUGUUGCGCUCUGGUGACCAUAGCAACAGUAACCAGAGCAACAGUAGCAUGGGCUUUGGGGUGUAUUCUUCAGAAAUAUCAAACCAAUGUUCAAAACCAGGCACCCCAUCUAGAAUAACCCUGAAGCUUAAAAGACAAAAUCAACCUUCACCAAGUGUCUCAGGUUCUAGUCAAGUUCCACAGCAUAGAGGGAUUAAAAGGCUCCAACCAAUACGUAAAACAAGAAGUAGGGAUUCAGAUGGACAUAGUGAAUCAGAUAUUGCUCCAUCUCCUAUAUUUCCUGCUGUCCACCAGGCUGUUGGCAUGAAGAGAAAUCAAAGUGAGGAGUCUGAAUAUAGUGCUGUUACUUCCCCAGUGUUCUCGGGAAAACACAAUAGUCCUGAGGGAUCUGACAAAAUUAGACAAACAUCCCCUGUAACUACCCCCUCAACUUCAACCCUAGUAAAAAACACCAGUGGAAGUGAAAGAUCGAAGAUGUAUUCACCGCUGUCAUCCAGGGGUCUUGGAGACCUCUUACAAUCACCUGUAAUCAACACAGGGUCAAGGUCAAAUCGAGGUCAAAGGUCAGCGAGCUCAUUGGCUUCAGAUGUUUCUCCAAAAUCUUGCAGUAAAACAGAAAAACGUAGUAGAAGAUCUCUUUAUAGGACUCAGACAAAGCCAUCAAUUUAAAUAAUCAGUUUUUAAUUAAGAUUAUUAUACAUCACUUAUAAUAAUUAUAAAAUGUAUAUCGGAUAAAUUCACAUAUGAUGUCAAAGUGCCUAUAGAACCCCAACCAUUAAUUCAAUUUUUAAUGUCAUCUUUCAUACUGAUAUUGCUUCGUUUUAUUAAAAACAUAUAUGAUUAAUACUGUUGAUAGUACGAGAUAUUUAUAUUUGUUGAUUAUGUUUGUUGUUGUAUGUGUGAGGGAAUGAUUGAUGAACUACAAAGAGCUUUUAUUGAACAACACUCAUAACUUAUAAUGCUUUGAUAUAAUGCAUAAAAUGUGAUAGUAAAAAUAGAUGGAUUUAUUAUUUCUGACUGAAUCAUGAAAUUUCUGUAGUACCAAUACAUGUCUUGAUCCAAUCGUUAUGAAGGUUUAAUCUGUUUUAAAUGAAGUUACCAUCUUUUCAGUUGUCAAGAUAUGUUGCCAUAUUACAUUAUUGUCUGCUAUUCUCAGAAAUAAACCACACAUUAUGUCCAUGAAUAAAUGUA